AUGAGUACAACAAAAUACUAUCGAUAUGAAAAUUCACAUUAUACUGUUACUGCGCGUGCUGACCUUCAAGAUAUUAUUUUGAACAUCAAAGGUGAUCAUUGUCACCCACCUGAACCAGAACAAAUUCAAAUUCAAACAUUCAAACAAGUUGUCAAAGCAGGUGCUAUAAGUGAAAGUAUACCCAUUCCACAAAUUUAUGACAAAGAAGCAGCCCGAAUCGAUUUAUCAACAUUAUCAAUUGCUGUUUUACCAUCUCAGAGACAACUUGAUUAG